AUGAUUGGUCGAAGAAAGGGUAUUCUCGGCGUGGGGACGCGGAAACCGGCCGGCGCAGCCUCGUCCGCUGCGAGCAAGGAAUUGUCUAGUAGCCAGAACGAUGUGGAGUUGGAAAACGAAUUGCGGCGAAAGCAGAUGGCAAGCAAGCUCGAAUGGGAAGAGCUUUUAGACAAUGAGGAAAUGCGAAAGCGACGGCGCGAGGCUGCAGCAAAUAUGGACGCAAUCGACUACCGCGAUGCAGUCGAUGACGACAAGAGCAGUGACGGGGAAAAACCUGCACCAAAGAGGCCAAGAAAGGGAUCAGAGGAGGACGAUGCUGUAGAAAAGGGAGCUGCAGCUCCACUACAACUAUUCCCUGUACUGGGAGAUAGAAAUAAGAACAAAACGAAUAACGCUGGUCAAGCAGGUGGUUCUUCUUCUUCGUCUAGUGCCGCUUUCGUCAGCAAUUUUGCUGGUGGUCGCGCAGUAGCUAGUAAUGACAAGAGUGAAUCAAAAGGCAACGGCACUACGUCAACCAAGGAUGUUGAAGACGAGUCAGAUGAGGAGCAAGAUGAACAACCGAAAAAGCGAGGCAUCCGUGGCGGCACUAAAGAAGCGAAAAAGGCAAAAAAGGCGCGAAAGAAAAAAGAAAAGGAUGAAGAAAAGCGACAAAAUAUGGAUGUGAAAAGUCGGAAAAGAGGUAGUUUCAAUAGCAUCACUUUUUUUGAAUAUUUUUUUGCUGCUGCAUUUACUACUUCUUGCUUCUAGACGUAGAUAGUCACUUGGUAAGUGAAAAAAGUUAAGGUAAUUACUUAGUAAAUUCAACACCUACUAACUUUCCAAUUCAAUCACGAUCCAAGAUUUGCUUGCCGUUGAAAGUUAAUUCAAACUCUUCUUUCAGACGAGGACCAGGAUAAAUUCAAGAAAGUUCUGCUCGUGCAAGGAGAAGACAAACCACGCACCAUCGACACGCGGCGACUCUGCACGUAUAUUGACCGGGAUGCUCCCAAAGACCUACGCAAACUGUACGGAGGCAAUUUUCGAGAGGCCGCGGCGAAGGUCGAAGAAGAGCGGGAAGUGGCCGACUACGACGAUUUGGAUUAA